AAGCGGGGCCGGGGCCUACGGGGCCGGGCCGGGCCGGACCGGCCCUUCUCUGCGCAGGGGCGGCGGCGGCCCCAGCCCGCUGGCGGGCACCGGCCCCAGCCCGCCGAGCAGCGGCCCCGCCGCCGCCGGUGCCGGCUUUUUGGCAUCCCUGAUCGCGGCUGGCCCCUGUGAUUGGCUGCGCGGCUCUGACCCCGCUCGGGCUCCCGGCUGGGCGGAUAAAAGGGGCCUGAGCCGGGGGCUCCCAGGCAUUCCCGGAGCGGGCACCAGGGACCGCCGGCCGCAGCAUGACGGGCAAAGCGGGCGCGGCGCUGGCCCCCAGCCUGCCCGGCAAGCCCAAGCCCGACGGCGCGACCGCCGCCGCCCCGCCACCGCCUCCGCCGCCCCCCGCGGCAGGGGUCAAGCCCAGCUCCGGGCCCACCCCUCCCCGUUGCACCGGUUUCGGUAUCCAGGAGAUCCUGGGCUUGAACAAGGAGCCGCCGUCGCACCCUCGGGCCGCCCUGGACUCUCUGCCCGCCGGGCACCUGCUGGCGGCCCGCUCUGUGCUCAGCCCCGCCGGGGUGGGCGGCGUGGGCAUGGGGCUACUGGGGGCCGGCGGCAUCCCUGGCUUUUACACUCAGCCCACCUUCCUGGAGGUGCUCUCCGACCCCCAGAGCGUCCACCUGCAGCCCCUGGCCCGGGCUCCCGGGCAGCUGGACAGCAGCCAGACGGCCAGCUCAGAUUCCGAGGAUGUCUCCUCCAGCGACCGAAAAAUGUCCAAAUCUUCCCUAAACCAGAGCAAGAAACGAAAGAAGAGGCGGCACAGGACAAUCUUCACAUCCUACCAACUGGAGGAACUGGAAAAGGCCUUCAAUGAGGCCCACUAUCCUGACGUAUAUGCUAGAGAGAUGUUGGCCAUGAAAACAGAGUUGCCAGAAGACAGGAUACAGGUUUGGUUCCAGAACCGCCGGGCCAAAUGGCGGAAGAGGGAGAAAUGCUGGGGCAGGAGCAGUGUGAUGGCUGAGUAUGGGCUCUACGGUGCCAUGGUGCGUCACUCCAUCCCACUGCCCGAGUCCAUCCUCAAGUCUGCCAAGGAUGGCAUCAUGGAGUCCUGUGCCCCUUGGCUCCUGGGGAUGCACAAAAAGUCUCUGGAGGCAGCGGCUGAGGCGGGGAGGAAGACAGAGGUGGAGCGCCAGGCCCUGCCCAAGCUUGACAAAGGUGACAAGGAAGAGAGGGGUCCGGAUCCCAAAACCACCAUUUCUCAGGAGGAACUGAGAGAAAACAGCAUUGCCGCCCUCAGGGCCAAAGCUCAGGAGCACAGCACCAAAGUCCUGGGGACCAUUGCUGGGGACACCCCAGCCCCAGGCAGGAAGCCGGAGACAGGGGAGGAGAUGGCAGUGGCAGAGGAUGAGAGACAGACGGAGAAGUUGAACUCGUCGCAGAAGGAGGAGAAGCUGAUCUAG